CUGCACAAACUCUGCGGCCAUCCCCUGCACAUCAUAUAUGUAGAAUGUUAGGCAGAGCUUUUUGUUUACCUAUAAAAGCUCAAGAUCCUUGGAGGAAUCCCCCUCAAGGUCCAUCGAUUGAUCCUGAGUUUCAAAAACGCAGAGCGACAGGAAGGGAGAGAUGAGUUCAGAGUCCGAGAAAGAGGAUCAACGGAGAUCUACUCCGAAACUCUCCUUACUAUCGCUUCCGAACCACCGGCGAGAUCCAUCGGACAUGCCCGACCCGCCGCUCCAAACCACGAUCUCCGUACCGUUCGAGUGGGAGGAAGUGCCGGGGAAGCCUAAACGGGCCAGUGACCAGGCCAAGCCCAGCGCGGUGGCGGGCCCGCCGUGUCUUGAGCCGCCUCCGAGGCUGUGGGACGAGGGCAGGUUUACCAAUACGCCGUCCCCUUCAAGUGUGCUCGAUGGGCCUUACAUGGGUCGGCGCUCGGGUCAUACAUUCUCGUUCCGGAAGAUAGGAGGGUCUUUCCGGAGCCCGGAGAAGAGGAGCAAGGGAGAGGGGAAGGAGAGGACGUCGAUUUUCGGGUCGAUGAGGUGGGGGAUACUAAGGGAGAAAAUAGACGACGUGGAGGAUAUUUCUGGGUUUUCAUCCUCAUUCCGUGGAGCUAGAAGCGGCGACAGCGACGGCGACAGCAUCGGCGCCGGUGCCGGCACAGAUUGUUUUUCACAUGCCGACACAAGGAGGAGGAGAGGGGGCUUCGUAGGUCUAUCUCAAUCGAAGUCACAUUUGUGGGCAACGCUUUGUGAAAACUUUAAGCAAGUGGUUCCAUGGAGGCGAAAGCAAGACAAUUAUGAGAGAGUGUAAAAUGUCAAACCGUCCUCAUCUUUCCACUCACCGGAUCGGAUGGUCAUCCUUACUGGCGAUGCUUUGUUCUUUUUAGAUUAUCGUGGAACUUGUAUAGAUAUAAAAUUCUUAUGUUACAAUAUGGGAUUGUUGAAAGAUAAGUACUGAAUAUUUCUUUCUUUUUUUUCUUGUCCCCAAAUAUUCAUUACAAUUUACAGUCCCCA